AUGAGUCUGCCACCACUUGCUUCUUAUCCUCCGGCGAAAGUUCGCAAGGACCUGGGACCAGAUGAAUGGGAAGCAUGUCUUGAUGCUUGGUUGUCACUUUCAACCCUUUACUUGAGACUCGGAAAGUCAGCAUUCGAAAGUGCAGCUCGUAAUGAGCAAUCUUUGGUCCCCUUCCUCACAUCUUAUUACCAAGUAUCAGCUCAAGAACGCCAACAGCAUGGACAAAACCAGGCAAAGGAGUACACCUUACGAAAGGCUUGCUUCAUUCUCACUCACCGCAUUCUCUUGACAAAUUCUAAUCCUCCGACACCUCUGCUUCAAUGGGACUUCCUCUCCGAUUUCAGUCAUGUCUACAUGAAGACACAGAGCCUGGAUCUGCUUCUGCAGAAGCUCUGGCGUACUAGGCACUCUGAGCUCGAUCGUUCUCUUCAAAACUUCUUGUCGACGACAAUCAAGCAACUUGAAUCAUCGAAGCCUGACGCAGCUGAGCCCAAUGUAAAACGCAUUGUCCCUCUCCUUUUCUCUUCUCAUGAGGCUGGCGCAAUCGUUUUGACAAGUUCUGAACUUGUAGACGCAAUGGCAUCAGCAUACCUUCGAAGCACACUUGAACUGCAGAAAUCUCUCGUCUCAGUCCUGUACUAUGGUCUUCUUUCCCUGACCAGAGGCGACAAGCCCAACUACUCUCUUCUGUUCGACCAUCUCUACGGCUUGAAAAAUCAAGCUAGCAACUCUCAGAUCUCAAUCUUGGCAGACCUAGUCACCAAUACUUCCUUGCUGUCCAAGCUAAGGACCACAAUCACUGGAAAGAACGCAGAGCGAGCACAGGGCCUGGCCAACACUCUUUCGUCCCUCCUUUCGCCUUCGAUUGCAAGACCCAAAAGAACGCGCAAGGUGAACAAGGGAAAAGGGAAGGCGACAGUAGAAGAGUUUGGCCAUGGUGCUAUCUCGGGCGAGCACAACGUUCAUCGAGUUGGCUUCAUAUCCCAAAUCCAGGAUCUGUUCCCAGAUCUUGGAUCAGGGUUUAUCGCCAGAUUAUGGAACGAAUAUCACGACGACCCAGAGCAAGUUACUGCCCGUCUUCUUGAUGAUUCGCUGCCCGAUCACCUACGGUCUCUCGAUCGGACCGAAGAGCUGUCAUAUUCUAAGGCCGAUGCUCAACAUACAGAGCAACAGAAGAUAGACUAUCUGGCACCACGCAGUACACCGCCUCCACAGCGCCGGAAUGUCUUUGAUAAUGAUGAAUUUGACCGACUUGAGGUGGAUGCAUCACGCCUGCACCUCGGCAGGAAGAACGCAAAGCUUACUGCAGAUGCAUUGUUGGAAGACAGAAGCGCUGCGCCCGCAAAGAGCGCGAUUCUUUCUGCAUUAGCCGCAUUCGACUCGGACGACGACGAACGUGAUGAUACCUAUGACGAAGCAGAUGUGGGAGGUUAUGUUGAUUCUGCAAGACCAGAUGGCGAAGAAUCAAGGGACACGGAUACAGGAAACCAGGGAGAAAAUGAGGAAGCACUGUUCCGUGCCUGGCGCAUGGAUCGCGGAGUCUUUGAACGUACAUCUGACGUUCGUCGAAGCUCUGCUCGUGCUGCCCUUAAAAGCGAGACUGGCAUGCAAGACGAAGCCAUCGAAGGCUGGGCCGUCAUGCUUAACCGUGACCCGAGACGCCUCAAGCGGUUGGAGGCAAGAUAUUCUGCCUUCAGCGGUGCGCAACCGGAAUUGGAAAGGACGGCCUAUAGGGAUAGCGAGGCCACCGAAGAUUCAGAUAAUGGGCCUGGUGGUCGAGGCGGAAGAGGUGGAGGUCGGGGAAGAGGCCGAGGUGGACGUGGACGCGGCAGAGGUGGUAGAGGUGGAGGCAAUACAGCUGGCCCUCCUAGCGAGAGCAAUACUCAGGCUGCCAGACAACGGAAAGAGGCACGUGGAUCAAACCGAAGAGAAGGAAGGGCGAGAAAGAUGGCCAGAGCUGGCUUCGCUGGUUAG